UUUCGAGGAGCUUUCCUCUCUCUUCGUCUUCCCUCCCCCGAACCGCCCAACUAUCUCGACAACCACCCAAGGCAGACUGACUACCUUUCGCACUCGCCAUGCCUCCCAAGCUCGACCCCAAUGAGGUGAAGAUCAUCCACCUGAGGACCACAGGUGGAGAGGUCGGCGCCCAAUCUGCCCUUGCCCCCAAGAUCGGUCCUCUCGGUCUCUCCCCAAAGAAGAUCGGUGAAGAUAUCGCCAAGGCCACCGGCGACUGGAAAGGUCUCCGCGUCACCGUAAAACUCACCAUCCAGAACCGCCAAGCACAGGUCUCUGUUGUGCCCUCUGCCUCUUCGCUGGUCAUCAAGGCUCUCAAAGAGCCCCCACGUGACCGCAAGAAGGAGAAGAACAUCAAGCACUCCAAGUCCAUCCCCCUCGAUGAGAUCGUUGAGAUUGCCCGUGUCAUGCGCCACCGCUCCCUCGCCAAGGAGCUGAGAGGAACUGUCCUUGAGAUCCUCGGAACUGCUUUCAGUGUUGGCUGCCAGGUUGACGGACGGAGCCCCAAGGAUGUUAGCGAUGAGGUUAAGUCUGGGGAGAUUGAUAUUCCUUCGGAGUAAAUAAGAAAAUCAAAAGAAUCGUUUUUUUUUCUUUUUUGUAUUAGUCAAUGUCGGAAUCCCGCCUUUUCCUCAUUUCUUUUCGAUGCAUUGGCCUACGGUGUGUUGUUAUACCUGUGCAGCCGGAGCCUGAAACACGAAAAUAAUAGUAUCCGGACCAAUGGCCAUUGAGUUUUAUGAGAUAUGACCCAUUCAUAUAUUUUUUUUUCUUUUUCUGGUUUUUACUCGAAAAAGAAUGUCGGAUAUCAGUUAAGAUAUCCCCACAAAGCCAAUAUUAUUUUGCCCUUUGCCCUCCCAAACUCAUAGCCUUUCGCUCGCAACCUAUAUAUCUGACUUCUUGACAUCCCCUCACCUUUGCCAACACUCUGGCCCUUACCAUCCUGUUUUCCGGGAAAUAUUACCCACGGUAAAGGCCUAUUUUGGUGCAAAGAAGAUAAAAUAUCUGACUAAUUACUCACCGCGAUAUCUUUUUAUUUGGAAUUUGAGCCCUUCUUUUCCCUUUCGCGCGGGGAGGGAGGGGCUUGAUUCCGUGGAUAUGGUGGUCCAUCUUUUAUGGUCUACAUGUUCAAUGAUGCAUUUCACCUGGAGUUUCCUUCUGUGCGCUGGGAGGUGAAUUAUGUGGCUUUUUGUUUUGUAAAGCACUACUCCGUAAUUAGAGAUGAAUUAUAUAUUCAAAUCAUCAAUUCCUG